CCGCAGGCGCCCGGGGCAUCUCCACACAGCGACAGUCCCCGCGGGCUCGGGGUCCCCAUCUGGAGCCAGCUCACCCCAGGACUUCGCGGCUGGGCGGCGCGGCCCGCGGCCCGAAGGAACGCAGGGAGGAGGGGAGGUGGCUCGUCGGAAAAACCUCAAUGUGGAAAGUGACUCUGCAUCAGAAACCAGCUUUCCUCUCUCCAAAGAAGUUCCAGAGGAGCAUCCAGGUCACCAAGCAGCCCACCAACCCUUCCCCCGACAGCGAUUCCAGCCAGAGGCUGAGCAUCCUUCAUUGCAAAGAGAUGGUCCCAGAUCCUUUCUUCUUGACCUACCAAACUUUCCAGAUCUUUCCAAAGCUGAUAUCAAUGGGCAGAAUCCAAAUAUCCAGGUGACUAUAGAGGUCGUGGAUGGUCCUGACUCUGAAGCAGAUAAAGAUCAGCAUCCAGAGAAUAAACCCAGCUGGUCAGUCCCAUCCCCUGACUGGCGGGCCUGGUGGCAGAGGUCCUUAUCCUUAGCAAGAGCCAACAGUGGGGACCAGGACUAUAAGUUCGACAGUACCUCCGAUGACAGCAACUUCCUUAAUCCCCCCAGGGGUUGGGACCGGCCAGUUCCAGGCCACCGGACUUUUGAAACCAAAGAGCAGCCAGAAUAUGAUUCCAUAGAUGGUGAGGGUGACUGGAGUCUAUGGUCUGGGUGCAGUGUCACCUGCGGGAAUGGCAACCAGAAACGGACUAGAUCUUGCGGCUAUGCGUGUACUGCAACAGAAUCCAGGACAUGUGACCGUCCAGACUGCCCAGGAAUUGAAGACACCUUCAGGACAGCUGCCACUGAAGUGAGUCUGCUUGCGGGAAGUGAAGAGUUCAAUGCCACCAAACUGUUUGAAGUUGACACAGACAGCUGUGAGAGAUGGAUGAGCUGCAAAAGCGAAUUCUUGAAAAAGUACAUGCACAAGGUGGUCAACGACCUCCCCAGCUGCCCCUGCUCCUACCCCACAGAGGUGGCCUACAGCACGGCAGACAUCUUUGACCGUGUCAAGCGCAAGGACUUCCGCUGGAAGGACGCCAGUGGGCCCAAGGAGAAACUGGAGAUCUAUAAGCCAACAGCCCGAUACUGUAUUCGGUCCAUGCUGUCCCUGGAGAGCACCACACUGGCAGCCCAACACUGUUGCUAUGGCGACAACAUGCAGCUCAUCACCAGAGGCAAAGGGGCUGGGACACCCAACCUCAUCAGCACGGAGUUCUCAGCGGAACUCCACUACAAAGUGGACAUUCUGCCCUGGAUUAUCUGCAAAGGAGACUGGAGCAGAUAUAAUGAGGCCCGGCCUCCCAACAAUGGACAGAAAUGCACGGAGAGCCCCUCAGAUGAAGAUUACAUCAAACAAUUCCAAGAAGCGAGAGAGUACUAAAGAGACACCCACCACCUCUGGUGCCUGGAUACAAAAGCACUGCACUGAUCUGCCACCUGGGGCAGAGUCACUCUAACCCACAUCCAUGUAUAUGUGUAUAUACCACAUGAGUAUUUUUCAUAAACCACAUGUAAGGUGUGCUUCAGGCCCAGGUGAUUGCCAUUUGAAGCCACCCUUGCCUUUCCCAAUGCCUACAGACCUCUUUGGAAGUCCUCCUAUAGGUCAAAAGAAUGAUGAGGACUAAAAGUCUAGAAGCAUAGUGGGUGAUUCAGUUCACACCCCAAUCCAGUGUUCCAUAGCAAAGCAAGAAGGACAGAGACAGAAGUUGUAAACGUUAUAAGCAAUUUUUAUAUAUAACUUAUUUAAUACGAAUGUGACUUAAAUGUAACCUUUUCUCUGGAGUUGUCAUGGGGAAGCUAUUUAAUCACUUCUAUGAGAGUUCAAAAAGGGGCUUAGGGAAUUGGAAGAGAAAGGGAAUUUUUAUAAUGAUUUGGAAAUUUU